UUCGACGCAACACCAUUCAAGAGGUGUCACAUGCUAAAGUACUCGGGCUCACUUAGUUCUUACAGUUCUCAACAACAGUAAUGGAGGGCAGAGUUGUCCAAGGCAGAGGAAGCUGGAGGAAAGGCGGCCGGGGUGGAAACGACACCGAACACAGAAGCCGGGGGAGAGGAGGCCACCAUCGUGGCCGGGGUAAACGAGACCACCACCGGGGUCGAGGACGCGGUGGAGGCUCGCGUGCAGACUUCCCUAAUCGGAACCGAGACGAAGGGGAGAACUCUGAUGGUGAAGAUGAAGGGACAGCAGUGUUCUCCAGGAGGAAGUUGGAGUCAAACUGGGAUCGUUACGAGGAGGCGGAAAGGGCAGAGGAAGAGAAUGACAUGCCCACUCGGAGAGGAACAGACUUCCAUGAGCUUCUGGAGUCGGCAGGAGAUUCGUUCACUCAGUUCCGGUUUUCAGAAGAGAAGAACUGGGAGAUGGACUCGUCCACAGCCAGUCAGAUGUCCGUGGUAAUCCUGGAUCUCCCAGCUCUGGCCGAGAGUUUAAAACAAGUUCCUUUACAUCACAGACUUGACCUGGAGGCUGAGCUGGUUCAGGCGUCAGUGCCAGCAGACUUACCUGCUUUCAGCCUCGCACCUCAACAGGAAGUACUAAAAUCGUCAUCAUUUACUCCUCCAUCCAACGCCUUCAGAGGCCUCAGUACCACGGAGAAGCCCUCAGAGAAGCUUUCGCUGGUUUCCUCUGUGGCAGAUGAUGAUGAUGAUGAAGAGCUUGACCAGCUGCUCUGUUUACAGAAACCCGUCCCUGAUGUUGGAGGACAUCAGUGUGUCUGUGGUCCAGGACAGGAGGAAGGGUUUGAGGAUGUGAGGGAGAUGCAAACACCCGUUAUUCAUGUGAACACAGAGGAUGUAAAAGAAAAAGUUGUCACACCUACAAAGCCUGCAGCUGCUAAAGAAGAGAUGACAGAGGAGGCUCUGGAGGACUGGCUGGACAGCAUGAUCUCCUGACCACCAGGAAGCUGGGAGGUAAACAGACAUCUGGAUGCAGACGGUCAAGGUUACAGAUGUUUGUGAAGGACUGGUGUUGAGACGUGGACCCAUAUUUCACUUCAUUUGCUCCAGUCAACAGAAAUGAAGUUGUCCAAAGCUACAACAUGGUGGCAGUCAGCCAUUCUACCAUGAAACCUGUGGUUAGGGGUGGUUAGACUGCACACGUCUAGAGUGUCCAGUCGUCAGUGCUGCAAUCGUGUUUUGAGUCUGUUAACGCCGUUAAGAGCUUUCAUGAGAACGUGCAUUUAUGAGGAGGGGACUAAGUCCUUGUUGGUUCAGAGAAAAUGGCCUCUGCAUCUCCAUUUCUGUGAAGAUGUUCAUCAUCAGAGUCUUUGUUGUCCGUUUCCCCUGAGAGAAGGGUUAGGGUUAGCACCUAACCCUAACCCAGGGUUAGUUUGCUAAUACUUCAGCAACGUUUGCACGAUUUUGAAGCUCCUGGCUGCAAAAAUAAAGAAGUCCAGUUGCCUUUUCCCCCUAAACCUACAAAGAUGCAUCAUCUCCUGGAUCAAUGAGAGCCCAAACCAGCAGUUACACAGACCUUUACUCCGAUUUUAGCACCAAGAGAGCUACUUUGUAUAAUCGGAGAAAGUAUAAUAAAGUUUGAAUGAUUAUUUCCUCCACCAGUCAAGGAGAAUCUUCAUCAUCUCAAGAGAUUUCCAAAGAGAGUUUACAAAGUAGACGUCCCAGUUGUGCCACUGGGCUGAGACUAUUGGUGGUGACACAAGCGUGACCAGAGUUCCCAGAAGGUACCAGAACCUUCUCAGUUUUCAGUUCAGUGUGAUUCCAGCUGAGGGAUUGUGUUUCGUGUCCCCAGCAUCCAUUUAACCCGUUAAACGAUUCAGACUAAAGAAGCUGGAUGUUGUUACUUUUAACAAAUCUGCUUAGUUUGUGUGCCCGCCUCUGUUUCUGUUACUUUUUAAACCUUUUCUCUCAACAUGUUUGGAUUUGUGUCUGUUUUUUUUUCCUAACCAGAUUUGUGAUAAAGGACCCGCACAUCAAACAAAAACAACUCGACUCUCAGGUGCACGACAGUAACCAUCAGAAUUGUCAAAGCAAACCCACACAUUGUUUCUUUCUCCUGCUGCGAAACCAACUUAUGCAACAUUCUGAGUGGGUUGAAGCGCUGCCUGAGUAAAACCGACUGAAACGGGAGCGUUUCCUCUUGUUUUCCUGAGAUUAAAAGCUAAUAAAAACCACCAAGACAUGUCCUGUCGCAUACCUGUUCAGUCUCAUCUUUGUUGAUCAGGUACAUCAGGAAGAGUGACAGAACAGACACGAGUCUUACCUCCAUGUCCUCCUUCACCUGCUCCUGCUGGUCUCUCAGCUCACCAAAAGCAUCGAUGAUCAAACCUGCAUCAGAAAAACAAAUGAACCUGAUUAACCUGAAAGGACCAAUGAGAAGUCCUGAUGGACGUACCCUGAAUGAUGGCCAGCAGGAUGACGAUGACGAAGAAGAAGAAGGUGAUGUCAAACAGGAAGCGGUAGAGUUCAUAUGGAUCUCCGGCCGGGUCCUCCAGCUCGUCUCCGAUGCCUCCUCCCGCUCUCACGCCCACGUACAUGUGGAACAAGUAGCACUGCGGGGAAAGAAAGCGCCAGUCGUACUUUAUUAUCUGCUAACAGAAACUCGGAUGUUAUUUUCAUCCUGCUGCUGAAAUAAAACAUCUGUCAGCGACUCGGAGUUUUACUUUUAUGUGAAGAAGUGAUGAUGAUCAGAUUUUUUAUCUCAGGAUGAUGAAACGGGAAGUAAAUGUUAGCGGUGGUCGCAUCCCAUCAAGGCCGUUACGUCCAUCCUGAUGAAAAGCUGCAGGAAUCCUUUUCAUCUCUAAAUAUUUUCACCAACUGAGGUCAUUUUUGUUAAAAGGUGAUCAGACGUACCGUCAUCAUAUCGUCACACUUCAUGUCGGGCUCGUCUUCAUCCUCGCUCUUGUUGUAGAACUUCCUGAAGAAGUUGAAGGCCACCACAGUGUAGAGGUAGACGACCACGGCCAGCAAACCCACGGUCAGCACCAGCUGAAGGACACCGUUCAGACAUUUCGUUGGUGAAUUCAGCAUAAAAGCAACGUCACAGCAGCUUCUCUUGUCUGGAUGAGGAAUCUGAAGCCGAGUCUUGGUUUGAUGGAUCAGUGUUUUUACUCAAAGAUCAAAAAGCGGAGCUUUUUAUUCACGUUCAGGCUUUAAGGAUCUGCAGCCGUGCAGAAAAUAACAUUAAAGGUUUAGCUUUUAGCUUCUUUACUCCUGAACUGGUGGUUUAGGUAUCAGUACCUACGUUAGCUCGACUGGUGGAGCAGCAUUUUAACCUGGAGACAUCUGAUUAUUUAUUCCUGUGUAGCGCUAGAACUACAGACUGCUGCUGUAUUCAGUCACCUCCAUAUAAACCAGAGGACUCAUUAGAUUUUAUUAAUUAAUAAUAACUAUUGGUAAUAUCCAGUAGCUGCAAGAAGUUACCUGUAAUUGCGAGUAAUUAGAUUUAGUUUCUGGUCUGCAGGUUUAAUUCUGCAAAACACAAUUUAAUGUGCGGGUGUCUUACAUUUAGUUUGAAAAUAAAGAUAAUUUCUACUUUUUAUCACACCUCAAUCCAUCUAAAUAUACCGGAUUAUUAUGUGACUCUUGGUCUAAUCUACAUGUGGGUUUAAUGACACAUUUUUUCCCUGAAGGUAAUUAAAAUAAAACAUUAUUGUGAGUCGUGACAGAUGGCUGCUCAUACUGAUCCAGGAUCUGUUGGAGGCUCCCUGUUAAGGGGAGUUUUCCUCUCCACUGUCGCCACAUGCUUGCUUAUUGCUGUAAAGUCUCUGACACAACAAGUCUGUGACUCGAUGCAAUCUGCUGGGUUUCCUUAUAACUUCUUACUAAUGGGCAUGAACUAAACUCAACUGGAAUGUUUACUUUGUGCCAUGAGAUGACUCUUUGUUGUAAUUUGUUGCUAUAUAAAUAAACCGAGUUGUGCAUUUAGA